GCCGGGGCCGUCGCGCGGCUUGCGUCGAGCAAAACUGCAGUCCGCGGUGCUGUCUCACCGGUGCGGCCGAGAAGCCGGCGAAUCCUUGACUCUUCGGAAACUACAGUACCCGUCUUCCCGCCACCAUGGAGUAUCUCAUCGGCAUCCAGGGCCCCGACUAUGUCCUUGUCGCCUCUGACCGGGUGGCCGCUAACAAUAUUGUCCAGAUGAAGGACGAUCAUGACAAGAUGUUUAAGAUGAGUGAGAAAAUCUUACUCCUAUGUGUUGGAGAGGCUGGAGACACUGUACAGUUUGCAGAAUAUAUUCAGAAAAAUGUGCAACUUUAUAAGAUGCGAAAUGGUUAUGAAUUGUCUCCUACAGCAGCAGCUAAUUUCACACGCCGAAACCUGGCUGACUGUCUUCGGAGUCGGACCCCAUAUCAUGUCAACCUUCUCCUGGCUGGCUAUGAUGAGCAUGAGGGUCCAGCGCUCUACUACAUGGACUACCUGGCAGCCUUGGCCAAGGCCCCAUUUGCAGCCCAUGGUUAUGGUGCCUUCCUGACACUCAGUAUCCUGGAUCGAUACUAUACACCAACUAUCUCACGUGAGAGGGCAGUGGAGCUUCUAAGGAAAUGUCUAGAGGAGCUCCAGAAACGCUUCAUCCUGAAUCUGCCAACCUUCAGUGUUCGAAUCAUCGACAAAAAUGGCAUCCAUGACCUGGACAAC